UGUCAUUUUUUUAUUUAAAAAAACCUUGAUAAAUUAGAACACGGACUUCAAGAGUUGGUGGAGUUCAGAUGGAAAGAAUUGGAAGAUGGAAGACAGGUGAGAAACUGAUUCAGGAGGAAAUGCCAAUUGCACUUUUCAUAUUCUUAAUUGAUCGAACUGUUGUUAUGAUCGCAGGUGAGCUGUGUCCAAAACUCCUGGUUUGAACUACUAUCUGUGUUGCAUAUGAUGGCUAUGUUAACUUUGAUGGAGGCUAAUCUGAAGUUGAUUCCCAAAGAGAGUGCCCUCUCUGAGAGGCUUGUUUCUCCAGAUUGCAUGAGAGAUGCUGUUGAUUUACUGCUGAAAGCGGCAGGGUAUUUGAAUUUCUGCAUACACAAUGUUCUUAUUCGGCUACCAACUGAUAUAAAGAACAAAUUGCCUUCAGUUAUGCAGGGGAGUUUCCUUGACGCGAUUUCUCAUCAAGCCCUGGCGCAGGGAACAGAAGUUCAGCUUGGACUAGCUGUCCAAAGCAAGAAUGCAACUUUAUCUGUGAAGAGGAGACUAGCAUGUGAACAACUCAAUUUUUUUGCCAAGGCCUAUAAUUUCUGCUUAUCUGAAGUUAACGCAAAGGAUGGUGCAGCAGCAAGUAAAAAGCAAUUGCUGUUCAUCAAAUGGAAGCAUCUAGAAGCAAAGGCGGCAGCUUACUACUAUCACGGCCUAAUCCUGGAUAAGUGCACGGAACCAUCCUCCCAUGUGAGUGCCAUGUGCUGUUUCCUUGCUGCUGAAGAGCUGCUAGUUGAGAGCAAGAAAGCCUGCUUAACUUUUUGCCUUGCAGAACCAACUACCAGGGCUUCUCCACCGUGGGGUGCCAUGAAGCAUUUACACAAGAAAAUUCCGGAAACAGCAAUGAAGAAAUCUCAGAUGUAUGGCUGCAUUUUGGAGCAAGACAAAGGUCUAAAGAAAUUGCCUGAACUUCCAGAGUUUCAGUUGUCAUUAAAACCAGAUGAAUAUGAAUUACCUGAAGUGGAUUCUGGAUGGGAUUCUGGAAAGUGGGAAAUUCCAGUUCCAGCUGUACAAACAACUCUAAAGGAGCACCUCAAUGAUCCCGACCAUCAACCGCAAACCUGAUGAAUCUAUUCGAUAAAUUUUACACCGGAGAGUUGACAAGAUUAUUAUUACAAACAACCGAUCAGCACAUUUUCGUACUAGGAAUGCGGACAUUUUCAUUACAUUUUCUUGUAUAAUCUUUCUAGUGUGAAUUCUAUCUGCAACUUAAUGUGGUGAUCUUUAAUUAAUGUAUUGGUAUUGGGACUUUUGCAGGU